AUGCCCUUCCCUGAGAAGAUCACGUCUAUCUGCUGUAUAGGUGCGGGCUAUGUUGGUGGCCCCACCUGCUCCGUGCUUGCGCAACAGUGCCCCGACAUCAAAGUCACAAUCGUCGACGUGAACCCCCAGCGAAUCGCAGCGUGGCAAUCGGAGGACCUUACGCAGCUGCCUGUGUUCGAACCUGGCCUUGCGGAAGUCGUGGCCACUUGCAGGGGCAAAAACCUCUUUUUUACAACGGACAUUGACGGCGCAAUUGACAAUGCGCAAAUUGUGUUUGUGAGUGUGAAUACACCGACAAAGACAUCCGGCAUGGGCAGCGGGUUUGCCGCGGACUUGCGAUACGUCGAGGCAUCCACACGUCGCAUCGCACACGUCGCCAAGUCAUCCAAAAUUAUCGUGGAAAAGUCGACGGUGCCAUGCCGCACCGCCGCGUCCAUGCGCGCGAUAUUGGAGGCGAACAGCAAGCCGGGGCUCGAGUUCCAGAUUUUGUCGAAUCCCGAGUUUUUGUCCGAGGGAACCGCACUGCAGGAUCUCUUGUGCCCUGAUCGUGUUUUGAUUGGGAGCUUGAGCACUCCUAAAGGCAACUACGCCGCGGAACUGCUCUGCAGCGUGUACGAACAUUGGGUACCGCGCGAGCGUAUUUUGCGCACCGGUCUUUGGAGUAGCGAACUGACCAAGCUGGCCGCGAAUGCGCUGCUGGCCCAGCGCAUCUCGUCUAUUAAUGCGAUUUCCGCAAUUUGCGAGGCUACGGGCGCCAACGUGGACGAAGUUGCCCAUGCAUGCGGCGUGGACAAGCGCAUCGGCCCGCAAUUUUUGCGCGCAAGUGUUGGGUUUGGCGGAAGCUGCUUCCAAAAGGACAUUCUAAAUUUGGUCUAUCUUAGUGGAAGCUUGAACCUCCCCGAAGUUGCCGAGUACUGGCGCCAAGUGAUUGUUAUGAACGAGUACUCUAAAGCGCGGUUUGCCAAGAAAGUGGUCCAGACCAUGUUCAACACUGUUACUACCAAGCGCUUGGCGAUCCUUGGCUUUGCAUUUAAAAAAGAUACAGGCGAUACGCGCGAGUCCCCUGCUAUCACCCUUUGCAAGACGUUCCUUCAAGAAGGCGCACUGGUCGCUAUUUAUGAUCCAAAAGUCAAACGCGAGCAGAUCAUCAUGGACUUGACAGAGCCCGGUGUCGUGGACAACGCAGGGAUGAUCAGCGAAAACAUCACCAUCUGUCCGUCGGUUCUUGACGCGUGCCACGAAGCAGAGGCCGUCGUCAUUGCUACCGACUGGGCCGAAUUCGCUACGAUUAAUUGGAAGGACGUGUACAACGUCAUGCGCAAGCCCCCCAUGGUGUUCGAUGGACGCCGUGUUGUGGAUCCCGCAAUUUUACGUGAAAUUGGAUUCAGGGUGCAUGCCGUUGGCGUGGGCCCCGAAAUACAGGACAAUGUAUGGGUGUAG